AUGUCCUCCCGUGCAAUUCGAAAGCUGCAGAAGCUGCGUGCGCAGGAGCAGCAGCAAGAAUCUGCGCAAGAACAUGAUGACUCAAGCGACGACGAACCCCGCGCGCCCCCGAAGCCAAUGUUCAAUGCUUUCAAUCUUUUGAAUACCGGCGGCGAUGACGACAAUGACGAUAACGAAGAUGACGACGAGAACAAAAAUGUGGAAAGGGAAUCAGACAAGGGAGAAGAGGAGGUGCAGGCACCAGUAGCUGUAGGCUCAGAGCGCGAACCAGAGUCUACUGCGACAAAACCAAAGAGUGCUAGUAAGAAGAGGAAGAAGAAGGCGAAGAAGGCCAAGGGACAGACUAAAUCUCCCACCAAGGAACAUACUAAGGUGCCGGACGAAUCUCUGGAUGAGAUUGACCGCGCAUUGAAGGAUCUUGCUACCGAUGGACAGCCGUUGCACACAAAUGCCACGUCAUCUUCUGGAGAAGCUCGAAACAGUUCCUUCCCAAAGACCACCGACGAAUUGCUAGGAGUGGAGCCGAAAUUCCUAAACGCGACAAACGAGAUGCGACGCCUGUUCGGAAAUGUGGCGCUUGAGAAUUUCGACCAACAAGCCGAUGCAGGAACUGGCCGUCGUCGAGAUCGCAACCGGGAAACAAUCGAUCUUGGGCAGGCUUUGUCUGGCAGAUACUCCCCAGCUAGUCGGGGUCAGAGCUUGGCUGGGGUUACAUUGCGACGGAAUGUCCUCAUGCAAGGAAAAGAUGAAUGGCCACGGGCUCCAAGUGGAGGUCUAGGCAUGGUCAAUGCCGAGAAGCUUCCCUCGGGUGAUACUUUAUAUCGUAUCGUGCACAAUUCCGCUUACGAGGAUGUGCAAAGACAAUUCGACCUCUGUGUUGAGUCCAUGGAUCCACAAAGAUUGAUCCACCACCUACAAUACAACCCUUACCAUAUCUCUACACUCCUGCAAGUCUCCGAAAUUGCCAAACACCAAGGCGAUCAUGCUGUCUCAGCCGAUCUCCUGGAGAGGGCGCUCUUUAACAUCGGACGUUCUGCCCACUCUUCCUUUGGGGGUCGCCUAAAGGAAGGUGCAGCCAGACUUGACUUUUGGGAGACUGAGAACCGAGAGCUCUGGCUGGUGGGAUGGCGAUAUAUCGCCAAUCUGGGUAUGAAGGGAACUUGGAGGACUGCCUACGAAUGGGCAAAGCUGCUCCUCAGCCUAAACGACUCGGACCCAUAUUGCAUGAAAUUGAUCAUCGACCACCUCGCCCUACGAGGAAGGGAAUAUGCCCAAUUUGUCGACCUGUGCACUCAGACGCGGUUCUGCCGAGACUGGGCAGACCUCCCCAACAUCCAGUGUUCUCUCGUGAUGGCUUAUCUACGACUCAACAAGCCUCAGCAAUGCCGCGAGCAGCUUUUCCGUGCCAUGUCUCGCUACCCAUGGGUGUUCAGCAGGCUGGCACAGGAGCUAGACAUCCAGCACGUACCUAAACAGAUUUGGGGCAAGAUGCCUCCCACCGGAUCCCACGAACUCCUUACCGAACUGUAUAUUUCACGCGCCAAGGAUCUCUGGAACACCCCCGAGGCAGUUUCUUUGAUUAUGGAGGUGGCUGAUACCCUCUCUGGAAAGCCGGAGGCCAUCGAACCCCCGGAAAUUACUUUGGACGUUGCCCGUCAUGUGGUCUUGUCGGACAUUCCUAGCGUUACCACCCACCUCCCGAACCACUUUGUAUCUGGCCGACUUUCCUCGUCCGAUCCCCUACCUCCUUACGAAUCCGAGGCGUAUCGCCAACAAGCCGACCCGAACCCAUCUUAUCUUUCACGGAUCCCAGAAGCUGGCCGGCCCCAAUGGCUGCGCGACCUCUUGGACCAAAUGAAUGAAGGCGGUAUUCGUUUCCCUGGUUUCCAGGGCGAUGAUGAAGCCGGCGGAGACAGUGCGGAGGAAGACGCAGAUGGCGAUCGCGCAGAUGGCCGACUGCCUCCAUUGCAAGGCGACCAGCAGGUCCUUGAGCAGUGGCUUUUGCAAGACGGACUGGAGUCGCUACAGAUGUUCCUGCACCAGUAUGGUGUUGAUCGAGGGAACUGGGGCGAUGUCGUGGACUAUGCUCCGCUCACGGAUUACCUGGAGGCCCUCCAGGAAAUUCAACCUGAAUCACCUCGACAGCAGCUGCUUCAUGGUCCAGUUCAAGAGAUAAUUGGAGAAUUUGCUGUUAGCAUGCUCGAAGAUGAAUUGUCGAUCAUGCAGGAUGAGGCAGUCUCGGAGGACAGUGAGGAUUAG